AUGCUGGGACUUUAUCCGCCGUCUGCCUUUGAUGCUUACAAGAAGGAGAAGACGCACUUUUCAGCCUCGAUUGAUGCACUUGUGGAGAAGAUUCAUGCGGCCUGUGAAGGACUGGGAACGGACGACAAGGCUCUUGUACAGCUGAUUGGCCCACUGACACCGAAUGACCGUGGACUCGUCUCGAUUCGAUACAAGGAGUUGUACAAUCAAUCGCUGCGUGAUCAAGUCAAGAGCGAGACGUCGGGAGAUCUUGGCUACUUGUUGCAGCUCAUUUGCUUCAGUCUUCCUCAGGCUGAAGCCUAUAUUCUCUUUCAUGCCAUGAAGGGAGCUGGUACGACGGACCAUUUACUUUACUCGAUCCUAAUGGGUCGCACCAAUGAAGAGAUUGGGCUGCUUAAGAAGGCUUACUUUGAGAUGUACGACACGGACCUCUCUGUUGCAAUUAGUGACGAGAUUAGUGGUGACUUUUUAGCUGUCAUCAUGAAGGCACUUCAGGAGCCAAUGGUUGACUACAAGCCUUCGUUUCACACCAAGGAAAAAGCUGCCGAGGACGCAGAGCUCCUUUACAAUGCUGGAGAAGGAAAGUGGGGGACUGAUGAAAAUGGAUUCAUCAAAUUGCUCUUGUCAAGCCCACCUGAGCACCUGCGUAAUAUUGACGCGGCGUACCAGGCCAAGCAUGAGCAUGACUUGGUCUACGCUAUUGAAAACGAGUUCAGCGGAAGCGAUUGCGCCGCCCUCUCGUUCUUUGUCCGUCUGAACCUCAACGCUUGGCCGUUCCUCGCCGAGUACAUUGAAGGCACGAUGGCUGGUAUUGGCACUGACAGGACGGCUCUUUCAGCUGCCAUUGUGCGAUACAACCCGUACAUGAACAACAUCAAGGCUUCUUACGAGAAGAAGUACAAGACGUCGCUGCAUGACCGCAUUGAAGCAGAAGUUGGCGGCGAAUAUCAGAAGCUACUGCUGCAACUUCUUGAAACUCCACGCUCUGCUAGCAGCAUCGCCUGA